UGAACACAGACGAGUGUGAUAAACAAAGCUUUUAAAAAAAUCAGCAGAUGAUUGAAAGAAGAAGAGAAAAUCCUGGAUGUGAAUGGAGGCAGCUGCAGUUUGGACAGUAGAGGCAACCUGGCCUGACCUGACAGGCAUCCUUCUACAUGCACUCUCACUGACGGCUCACCUUUGCCUCUGCAUUGAUUCUGCUGCCUGAACCAUGCACCCCCAGCGUCCUCUUCCCCAAGCCAUGCCUGCGCCCUCCUUAGGGCAGCACCUGCGGGACAUGACCAUGGGUCUCGGACGGGGCAAGAACUUCCUGGGAGGGAAUUUUUCCUAUGGUUUCAUCCAGUCAGUUAAGGAGUGUCUUUAUUUCCUCCUCUGCUGCUGGUGUAUAAAGGAGAUCCUUGACUGAAGGACCGAAAGAAAGUACAAGCUGUAAACUAAACAUUUGACGUAUUGAACAUUUGCUCUGUAAAAUGCAGUUUUAGUCUGCAUUUCAUUGGAGCGUAU